AGCAGAUCAGAACGCGGGCACUCCAGGAGUGGAGACUGCCGCGCUCCCCCAGGCACAUUUGCACUGCGCGUGGCGCCCCGCCCCACCCCGCAGCGCCCCGCCUUAAGGGACCCGAAGACCGGGAGCGCACGCGACCACGGUCAUGGAGGGAGCGCCCCCGGUCAACUGGAGCGCCGAGGCAGUCAACGCGAGCGCGGUGCCUCCGGGGCCAGAGGGCAACCGCACCGCCGGGCCGCCCCGGCGCAACGAGGCCUUGGCACGUGUGGAGGUGGCGGUGCUGUGCCUCAUUCUCUUCCUCGCAUUGAGUGGCAACGCGUGCGUGCUGCUGGCGCUGCGCACCACGCGCCACAAGCACUCGCGCCUCUUUUUCUUCAUGAAGCACCUGAGCAUUGCCGACCUGGUGGUGGCUGUGUUCCAGGUGCUGCCGCAGCUACUGUGGGACAUCACUUUCCGCUUCUACGGGCCUGACCUGUUGUGCCGCCUGGUCAAAUACCUACAGGUGGUGGGCAUGUUUGCCUCCACCUACCUGCUGCUGCUUAUGUCGCUCGACCGCUGUUUGGCCAUAUGCCAACCGCUGCGCUCGCUGCGUCGCCGCACAGACCGCCUAGCGGUGCUAGCCACGUGGCUUGGCUGCCUGGUAGCCAGCGCGCCUCAGGUGCACAUCUUCUCCCUGCGCGAAGUGGCCGACGGCGUCUUUGACUGCUGGGCCGUCUUCAUCCAGCCCUGGGGACCCAAGGCCUACGUCACAUGGAUCACGCUUGCCGUCUACAUCGUGCCGGUCAUCGUGCUGGCAGCCUGCUAUGGCCUCAUCAGCUUCAAGAUCUGGCAGAACCUGCGACUCAAGACAGCUGCAGCGGCAGCAGCCCAGGAGCCUGAGGGAUCUGCGGCCAGCGGCGAGGGGCUCGCGGCCCUGGCACGAGUCAGCAGCGUCAAGCUCAUCUCCAAGGCGAAGAUCCGCACGGUGAAGAUGACCUUCAUCAUCGUGCUGGCCUUCAUCGUGUGCUGGACGCCAUUCUUCUUCGUGCAGAUGUGGAGCGUGUGGGAUGCGGAUGCGCCAAAGGAAGGUAGUAAGGGGUGAAAGGAGGGAGCACCAGGCUCUAGUCCGAGGCAGGUGCUCUACUGCUUGAGCCACACCUCCAGCCCCAGGCCCUAG